AUGCUCCCCAUCCCGCGACUGAAGGGCCAACCCCAGCUGUGGCACAUGAGUGGGGAGCCACCUGGGUGGGUGUGGAUGAUCCCCGCCACCUCCGGGCUCUGCAGGAUUGGCGCCGCGCCCGCUCCCUUCCUGCUGUCCUCGCACCCGCCGCCGCCACCGCUGCUGCAAGCCGUCUCAAGCUGGCAGCUGUCCUGCGAGCCCUUCCUGCCUCUGAUGAGAGUACCCUCAGCCGAACCCGCCAUCCAGCCCUACCCCCUGAUGAACAUCCAGUGGGAGCUUCCCUCAAGACCUGCUGUCAUGGGUUUCCAGCCGUCUGCCAGCAUGGACCUUGUCCCCGUCUUUCCGUGCAUGUACCACUCAGUGUUGCCCCCCCAUGUCGGCAAAGGGUGGGUCGAGAAGAGGCUCCCAGAUCAUAAGGUCUACUUGAACAAUGCCCUGGCUUUGGACUCGGCGUGGAUCAGUCCUGAAGAAACAGGGAUGCUCCAGAGGCUGGAAAAGCCACUCCUGAUGACAAAUCAGAUGGCAAUGAGCAUAUCUAGGCCAGCUGCUGCCUCCAGAAACCUCCCCACCGUUCUGGUGUCACCCCAGCGCAUAUCAGCCUGUCCUGUGGCCAUCAAGCGAGUUGGCAGCAACAAGAGGAUUGCCCUAGCGGCGGCUGCCAUGAUGGCGAUGGAAUCAGAGACAGCUCAAGGACCGCUGGGGGCCUCGGCCCAGCCGUUCCACCUUCUCUCCUUGUCACCAAUCAAGAUCCCUUUUCUAUCAACCAGAGGCUCAGCCCGGACACCCUGGGAGGGAUUGGCAGGUCCUGUUGUGCCCAUCGCCAAGGUGACGUCCCUGUCAGCACCUGCAGUGACCGUCAUGGCCGGAGACUUGACAGAACAAAUGGCAGCAGAUAAAAGCUUAGAUAGGAGGAAAACGUCUUGUACGGGGACAGUGGUCCUGCACGCUGAUCCAUCGCCUGAAAACAAAAAUGAGGAAGAGCCACUCAAGAUCACCAUAGAGGAAGAAAGUGCCCCAAAGGACAAACGGCCAGUUGCAUCCACCCCCGUUCCUGGAUCGCCAUGGUGCGUAGUUUGGACAGGGGAUGACAGGGUGUUCUUCUUCAAUCCCACAAUGCAACUCUCUGUUUGGGAGAAGCCCCUUGAUUUAAAAGGCCGUGGAGACCUCAACAGAAUUAUCGAAGAUCCGCCGCACAAGCGGAAGAAGGGCUCAUUAUCCCCAGAAGAAGGUUUAAAUUCCCUCUCAGCUGAUGAGGACGAUGCAGAGGGACACAAUGGCAAGACCAAAAGGAACAAAAUGGAAGACUCUCUUUCCUCUGAUCAAGAGAAGAACAAAAAUGAGGAGAAGUGUACCAAAACCGCCCGCCAUCUUACGAUUCUCCCACUGGAACUGCGGAUCGCACAUUUCAGGGACAUGCUUUUGGAGCGAGGGGUGUCCGCAUUUUCUACCUGGGAAAAAGAAUUGCACAAAAUAGUCUUCGAUCCACGCUAUCUCUUGCUCAGUUCAGACGAACGAAAGCAGAUUUUUGACCAGUUUGUUAAGGCCAGAAUAAAAGAAGAAUAUAAAGAAAAAAAGAGCAAAUUGCAACAGGCCAAGGAGGAAUUUCGCAAACUUCUUGAGGAAUCUAAGAUCACAUCCAGGUCGACAUUUAAGGAGUUCUCUGAGAAGCACGGUAGAGACCAGAGGUUCAAGCUGGUUCAGAAACGGAAAGAUCAAGAACAUUUCUUCAAUCAAUUUGUCAACGCGCUGAAAAAACGUGACAAAGAGAACAGACUAAGGCUGCGCAAGAUGAGAUGAAAGGCCAUGAACUUUGCAAUAAACUCUUCCAAAUACUGUGAAAGGGUUGCUGACCACUAAAUCAAAUCACUUUUGUAAAAUGCCAACUGCUAUCCUGUAGUCGAUACUUUAAAUGGUCAUAGCCAGCAACAUACCCAACAACUUAUAACAAAGUUUUUAUUUUAAAACUGGCAAUGUGUGUCAUAGAAGUAAAGAUUAUGAAGUUAACCAGUGACAAGAUGUUUAAUCUGUUUCAUAUUGAAGCUCUUUUUGAAAUUUCAGAAUGUGUUGAGAUGAAAAAGAGUAUAUUUGUCUGUAUGUGCGUAUAUAUUCAUACUCACAUGCAGCAGAAGUGAAUAUGUAAAUAAAAUAACAAUAAGGAAAUCCUUGUUUAAGAAGCUUUAGAAAUUA